CGGCUAGGCUUUAAUGAGCCGCUCCCCGAUCGGUAUCUCGCUGCAUCAUGGCCAACAUCUUUUCUCUAAUACGUCGAUUAUUCAUCCCCGUCUCCUCGAAAAAGCUUCAGGAUUCGGCCUGACAGGGAGAAGAACUCUUCCAGGCCAUCAUCCACAGUAUCUGCUUGUGAGUGCUGAUCUUGAAAUUGCAGACGGUACUAUGAUCGGUAUCAGUGAUAGAAUAAAUGGAAGGCACGAAAAGCACGCAUGACCUUAUAC